AUGGAAAGAAGUUCUAACAGUGACACAAGAAAGCACCUCCUCCAACACCACCCCAAAACCAUGAAAGGUGGCUGGCAUGCUGCAAGGUUCAUUAUAAGUGUUGAAUUUGCACAACAAUUUGCCUUUAUAGGAUUGUCAUCAAAUUUGAUCACAUACCUAACAAAUGAGCUUCAAGAAACCCUAAUUGAAGCAACAAAAAACAUAAACACUUGGGUUUUUGUUUCGUCCAUCUUCCCUUUGCUUGGUGCUUUCAUCGCUGAUUCUUACAUUGGUCGCUUUAAAACUGUCACUAUAUCCUCCUUUAUUUAUCUCUUGGGCAUGACUUUCAUGACACUUUCAGUGUCCAUUUUGAAGCACGAUAAGCUCUUUUUUGUAGCACUUUAUGUGUUCUCCGUCGGAGACGGCGGAAUUAAGUCGUGCGUUCAACCUUUUGCGGCGGAUCAGUUUGAUGAAGAGAAGGAGGAGCAAAGGGAAGCCAAGAGCUCUUUCUUUAAUUAUUGGUAUUUGGUCGUAGUACUUGCCAACUCUUCUGCCGUCUUCUUUAUUGUUUAUGUACAGGACAAUAUUGGGUGGACGGUAGGACUAGGGUUGCCAGUAGGGGUGUGGACAGUGGCAAUAGCAGUGUUUUUGAUUGGAACAAAAAGGUAUAAAAGGGAAAACCCUAAAGGGAGUCCCUUCACUACAAUUGCCCAAGUUCUUGUUGCUGCAUCUCUCAAAUGGCGCCUAAAACACUUACCAACCCAUGACACUUCUUUGUGUUAUUAUGGUCUUGAUGAUGACCAUCAUCCACUUCCAACUUUGGAACACACUCAUCACCUCAAAUUUUUGAACAAAGCAAUGAUGAUCGAUGAGAAUGAUGCUUCAAGCAAGAGUAGAAAUCCAUGGAGGCUAUGUUCAGUUACUCAAGUUGAAGAAGUAAAGCUUGUCCUUCGCCUCAUUCCUAUAUGGCUAUGUUGUGUCAUGUUUUUUGUUGUCCAAAGCCAACUAGUCACAUUCUUCCCCAAACAAGGUAGCACAAUGCGACGUCACAUAGGAUCGAAGUUUGAAAUCCCUCCGGCAUCACUUCUAGGGUUUGUUGGAAUUGUAAUGCUCUGUGAAAUUCCUGUCUACGACCGAGUUUUCGUGCCAGUUGCCAGAAAAUUCACAAAGCAUCACUCUGGUAUUACAUUAUUGCAAAAGAUUGGUGUCGGUCUAUUUUUGUCUAUACUAAACAUGAUUGUCUCGGCACUCGUAGAGACCAAAAGGAUUGGUGUUGCAAAACAACAUAAUCUCAUCGACGAUCCGAAUUCAAUUUUACCGAUCAGUAUCUGGUGGUUGCUACCUCAGUAUAUUCUUUCUGGAACUUCUGAUGUUUUCACAAUUAUUGGACUUCAAGAAUUGUUUUAUGAUCAAAUGCCGGAGGGAUUGAGAAGUUUGGGAGCUGCAGCAUUUGUUACUCUCUAUGGUGUUGGAAGCUUUUUUAGUAAUGCUAUUAUUGUUAUUGUGGUAGCAAUCACUUCAAAAAUUGGUGAAAAAUGGUUUGGGAAUAAUCUAAAUAAGGCACAUUUAGAUUAUUUUUAUUGGUUACUAGCUGGAUUAAGUGUUCUUAAUCUUUGUGUUUAUCUAUGGAUUGCCAAGGGUUUUGUUUACAAAAAGGUUCUUAACCCUAAUUCAGUGUCCUGA